UUCAAACAGAAGCAAGCCUCUCACGGUUGGCGCUGUGAGGCUCGGAGGACCACAGCAGGGGAGGCGCGGGACAGGGGUGAGGCUGAGCUUGGCACGGAGCUGCCAGUCCUGCCUGAGCCCUCACAAUGAAUCCUGCUUGGCUUUGUCUUCAUCGGGUGUAGGUUUUCUUGGAGACCGCGGGGCAAAUGGCCUCCUAGUGGAAACCUGGAUGGUUUUAGGCGUCUGAUCAGAGCAGAAGGCAGCCUGGGGACUGCGGUGCUGGACAGGCAAAGCAACUCAAUCCUAAAGAAAUGAAAUCCCCAAGGAGAACCACAUUGUGCUUCAUGAUUAUUGUGAUUUAUUUUUCCCAAGCUACAUUGAACUUGAAUUUAGAGUCUAUUGUUCAUCCCUUGAUUCUCCGUGAACAUGAACCAGCAGGGAAGGAGCUACUAAGGCAAAAACGAGCAGUAGCCUCGAGUAGCCCAGCAGCUGAAGAGUACAUCGUUGAUGUGGAGAUCAGUUUUGAAAAUGCCUCCUUCCUGGAGCCUAUCAAAGCUUACUUGCACAGCCUCAGUUUCCCAAUUCAAGGGAAUAGCACUGACCAAGCCACCAACAUUUUAAACAUUGAGGUGACAACAGUCUGCAGACCUACUGGGAAUGAAAUCUGGUGCUCCUGUGAGACAGGCUACAGGUGGCCUCAGGAAAAGUGCCUCCAAAAUCUCACUUGUCAAGAGCAUGACAGUGUCCCUGCAGGGCAUCACUGUGGUUGCCUUAAAGGACUACCUCUCAAGGGACCUUUCUGCCAGCUCCAAGGAGCAGAUGUUACCCUAAGAAUGUCAGUCAGACUCAAUGUGGGCUUUCAAGAAGACCUCAAGAACACUUCCUCUGCUCUCUAUAGGUCCUACAAGACUGACUUGGAAAUAGCGUUCUGGAAAGGUUACAGUAUUUUACCAGGCUUCAAAUUGGUGACUGUGACAGGGUUCAGGCCCGGAAGUGUGGUUGUGACAUAUGAGGUCAAGACGACAACACCAUCACCCGAAUUAAUGCAUAAAGCAAACGAGCAAGUAAUGCAGAACCUUAAUCAGACCUACAAAAUGGACUACAGCUCCUUUCAAGCAGUUACUAGCAAUGAAACGAAGUUCACCAUCAUACCAGAAAUCAUUUUUGAAGGGGACACGGUAAAUCUGGUGUGUGAAAAUGAAGUUUUGUCCUCUAACGUGUCCUGGCACCAUGUCGAAAGGCGUUCUGACUUGCAGAACAGCAGCAGAUUCUCGGUCUACAGCACCGUGCUCAACAAUGUGACCUCAAUAUCGAGCCUCACGAUUUACAACAUCACUCCGGGCGAUGCAGGUGAAUAUAUUUGCAAGCUGACAUUAGAUAUUUUUGAAUAUGAGUCCAGAAAAAAAAUAGAUGUCAUGCCCAUCCGAAUUUUGGCAACUGAAGAAAUGAAGGUGACGUGCGACAACAAUCCUGUAUCUUUGAACUGCUGCAGUGAGAUUAAUGUUAAUUGGAGCGCAAUAGAAUGGAAGCAGGAGGGGAAAAUAAACAUUCCAGGCAACCCUGAAACUGACCUAGAGUCCGGCUGCAGCAGGUACACCCUCAGGGCAGACGGGACUCAGUGUCCCAGCGGGUCGGCUGGAACAACGGUUGUCUAUGCGUGCGAGUUCAUCAGCAGCCACGGGGCCAGAGGCGGCAAGAACAUAGAAGUGACAUUUACCUCUGUGGGAGAUAAUCCCAGCCACAAAGGGGAAGUGCACGAGUUCCCAAGGCAGGAGAUGGAAAUGAGUACAGUUGAGAGCACCACCAGGAACAGCGUAGAAACAAAGAAAGCCCAGGAGCCACAAGCCAACCUAACAAUAACCCCGGACCCAAUUUCUGUUUCUGAGGGACAAAACUUUUCCAUAAAGUGCAUCAGCGAUGUGAGUAACUAUGAUGAGGUUUACUGGAACACUUCUGCUGGAAUUAAAAUAUACCAAAAGUUUUAUACCACGAGGAGGUCUGCUGCUGGAGCAGAGUCGGUGCUGAGAGUGAAGAUCGCGACCCGGGAAUGGAACGGAACCUAUCAUUGCAUAUUUAGAUAUAAGAAUUCGUACAGUGUCGCGACGAAAGAUGUGACCGUUCACCCACUGCCCCUAGAGCCAGACAUCAUGGUGGAUCCUCUGGAGGCUACAGUUCCAUGCAAAGGUUCCCAUCACUUCAGGUGCUGCAUUGAGGAGGAUGAAGACUACAAAGUAACUUUCCAAAUGGAUUCCUUAUCCUUUCUUGCCGAAAAAGAAGUUAAAGGAAAGCAAGUGUGUUACAAAUACAAUUUCAUGGCAAGCUCAGUUUCCAGGUGUCCAAAAAAGCUGGACAUAUUUUGUCACUUUACCAAUGCUGCUAAUAAUUCAGUCCGGAGCUCAUCUAUGAAGCUUAACCUGGUUCCUGGAGAGAAGAUCAUGUGCCGAGAUCCCACAAUAGGUGUUGGGGAGCCUGGGAAAGUCAUCCAGAAACUAUGCCAGUUCUCAAACGUACCCAGCAGCCCUGGAGGUCCCACUGGCGGGAUCAUGACUUACAAAUGUGUAGGCUCCCACUGGGAGGUGAAGAAAAAUGACUGCAUCUCUGCCCCAAUAAAUAGUCUGCUCCAGCUGGCCAAGGAUUUGAUCAAGAGCCCCUGUCAGGAUACGAAGCUCCCCACAUACCUGAAGGAUCUUUCUGUCAGCACAGGCAAGGUGAAACAUGAAGUCAGCUCAUUUCCUGGGAGCCUGGGAGCCAUCAUUAACAUCCUGGAUUUGCUCUCAACAGUUCCAACCCAAGUGAAUUCAGAAAUGAUGACGAACGUUCUCUCUACGGUUAACACCAUCCUCAGCAAGCCCAUGUUGAGUACCUGGAAGGUGUUCCAACAGCAACAGACCAACCAGAGCUCACAGCUCCUGGAUUCAGUAGAAAGAUUUUCCCGAGCAUUACAGUCUGAAGAUAGCACUUUUUUGUCUAUCAACCAAACGAAUGUGCAGAUGAGGAGCAUGGUAAUAAAACCUGGCCCUCCAAAAACCUACAAACAGAACUUUGUUUUCUCGGACUUGGACCUCUGGGGCAAUGUGGCCAUUGACAAGUGCGAGCUGGGAAGCCUGCAGUGGGGUUCGUCUGUUGUCACUGUCGCUUUCCCAACUCUCAAAACCAUCCUCACUCAGGAUGGGCAAGGAAAGAACGUUGCAAACAGCUUAGUGAUGACAACUACUGUCAGCCACAAUAUAACCCUGCCAUUCCGGAUUUCGAUGACUUUUAAGAACAUCAACCCUUCAGGUGGAGUACCACAGUGUGUCUUCUGGAAUUUCAACCUUGCCAACUACACAGGGGGGUGGGAUAGUAGUGGGUGUUAUGUGAACAGAGUCGAUGGGGACAGUGUCUCCUGCAUCUGUGACCACCUCACAUCGUUCUCCAUCCUCAUGUCCCCUGACUCUCCAUACCCUGGUUCCCUCCUGGAAAUACUACUGGAUAUCAUUUCCUACAUUGGGUUGUGCUUUUCCAUCUUGAGCUUAGCAGCCUGUCUAGUGGUGGAAGCCGUGGUGUGGAAAUCAGUAACCAAGAAUCGGACUUCCUAUAUGCGCCACAUCUGCAUAGUGAACAUUGCCACCUCCCUUCUGGUGGCUGACAUCUGGUUCAUUGUGGCUGCUGCCAUCCACGACCAUUUUUACCCUCUCAACGAGACAGCCUGUGUGGCCGCCACCUUCUUCAUCCACUUCUUCUACCUCAGCGUCUUUUUCUGGAUGCUGACUCUGGGCCUCAUGCUCUUCUACCGCCUGGUUUUCAUCCUGCAUGACACAAGCAAGUCCAUUCAGAAGACUAUUGCAUUUUCUCUUGGCUAUGGCUGCCCUCUUGUCAUCUCAGUCAUCACAGUAGGGGCCACCCAGCCCCAAGAAGUCUACACCAGGAAGAAUGCCUGCUGGCUCAACUGGGAGGAUACCAAGGCCCUGCUGGCCUUCGUCAUCCCAGCGCUGAUCAUCGUGGUAGUGAACAUGACCAUCACAGUUGUGGUCAUCUCCAAGAUCCUGAGACCUUCCAUUGGAGACAAGCCAAGCAAGCAGGAGAAGAGUAGCCUGUUUCAGAUCAGCAAGAGCAUUGGGGUCCUCACGCCACUCUUGGGGCUCACCUGGGGUUUUGGCCUUGCCACUGUGUUCCAAGGAAGCAAUGCUGUGUUCCAUAUUAUAUUUACACUACUCAAUGCCUUUCAGGGAUUAUUCAUUUUACUCUUUGGCUGCCUCUGGGAUCAGAAGGUCCAGGAAGCGUUGCUAAAGAAGUUUUCACUGUCAAGAUGGUCUUCGCAGCACUCAAAGUCAACAUCCCUAGGUUCAUCAACACCUGUAUUUUCUAUGAGUUCUCCAAUAUCAAGAAGAUUUAACAAUUUGUUUGGUAAAACAGCAGCCCCAAAGGGCCCCCCAGGCAGUGAUGGAAACCUUGUUAGCAGUGGCAGCUCACCAAUCUGAUGGAACGUACAAUGUUUCCACCCCAGAAGCAACCAGCUCAUCCCUGGAAAACACAUCCAGUGCUUACUCCUUGCUCAACUAAGAACAGGAAAAACGACCUAUGUGACUUCUUUAAAGGACAGUGGAUAUGCUCGGAAAAAAAAAAUCCUUUCAAAGCCGUGGGUAAAAUGUUUUCUCUGCAGGCUUCCUGGAGCAGAUGCUGAAGAGCCUCUUCCAUUAGGGAAAAGAAGCUUUCUUUCAUAAAGACAGACUAAACGUAAUUGUUAAGUUUAUUUGCUGUCCCAGCCCCCACCUCUUGUGUGAUACUAAAUGUGUACAGUAUUUAAGUGAGACUCAAGUCCCCGGAGGCCCAACUUCCCUGUCUAUAUUGUAAAAUAGAAUUUCAAAGAGACAUUUUUACUUUUCACACGUUGGGCACAAAAAUAAGCUUUGAUUAACAUAAUAAGCACAAGGCUAGUACCCAGGAAAUACUUCAGUGAACUCUCAGAAGGAAGGGAGGAAAGAAGGAAGGACACAGGAAAAAAGAAAAAUAUAGAGAAAAACAAUUAAGAACCACAUUUUAAAAAUUUCCAUGUUAACAUAAUUAUUCUGAUACUGCAACAUGGAGAAUAUAAAAAUGGCUCAAAAACAGAAACUGAAAUAAAUCAUGGAGAAAGUUUGGUAUUUUCUUGGUAUUUUCUUAGCUACAAGAGAACAUUUUUUUAGAAAGGCAGUGGGAAGAGAUUGGGAGGAAAUUGUAACAUCAGGAUGCUUUCAAGUGGAUAAUAAUAUUUACAAGAAAUUCAUGGAAGGAGAUAUAAUUCUCCUGAUGCUAAACACACACACACAUGCUGGUGCACGUGAAGUUUUGAGCUCAGGGGAGGGAGCAGGCAGAGGAAAUGGGAUAGCCGUGCUUUAUCAGAUCUAAGCAGAUCCAACUGCUAGUUACAUUUUUUACCGUUUAUCGGAAAAGCCUUAUCUUUUGGUAUGUUCCACUUUUUGAAGGCAAAAAAAUAUAUAUUUUUAUAUGCAUCACUUGCCAAAUGUGACAUAAGGUGAUAUGAAUGUGAUAUAUUGUACUGGAAACAGAUCCCGACUGUUGUGUAUUAUAUUUAACAGCUUUAACCAGGUACUUCCCUGUGCAUCAUAGAAUAGAUUUUCAUAAUCUUAUGGCGUUGUUUAUCACUGUUGUUGCUACUGUGGAUUUAGUGGCCCUUGGUGUGUGGUCUAGCUCCCUAUGUAUUAGCUCUUUCAGUCCUUAAGUUCCAAGACCAAUAUACGGUAAGAGUUUUGUAUUGUCUAA